UGCGCGAGGAGGGCACAAGUUGGAGGAAACAUGGCGACGUCUAAUUUGUUAAAGAAUAAAGGCUCCUUGCAGUUUGAGGACAAGUGGGACUUGAUGAGGCCCAUUGUUCUCAAGCUGUUGAGACAGGAGGCUGUCACCAAGCAGCAGUGGUUCGACCUCUUCUCAGAUGUCCAUGCUGUGUGUCUGUGGGAUGAUAAGGGCCCAGCUAAGAUCCACCAGGCGCUCAAAGAAGACAUCCUAGACUUCAUCAAACAAGCUCAGAACCGUGUUUUGAGUCACCAGGAUGACACAGCGUUACUGAAGGCCUACAUUGUGGAGUGGAGGAAGUUUUUCACGCAGUGUGACAUCCUGCCCAAACCCUUCUGUCAGCUGGAGAUCACACUGAUGGGGAAGCAGGGCAGCAACAAGAAGUCUAACGUUGAGGACAGCAUCGUACGCAAGUUGAUGUUGGACACAUGGAACGAGUCAAUCUUCUCCAACAUAAAGAGCCGUCUUCAGGACAGUGCUAUGAAGCUGGUUCACGCUGAGAGGCUGGGAGAGGCUUUUGACUCCCAGCUGGUUAUAGGAGUACGAGAAUCAUACGUCAACCUGUGCUCUAACCCUGAAGACAAGCUCCAGAUAUACAGAGAUAACUUUGAGAAGGCCUACCUGGACUCAACUGAGAGGUUCUACAGAACACAGGCCCCAUCAUACCUACAGCAGAACGGAGUCCAGAACUACAUGAAAUAUGCAGACACAAAGCUAAGAGAAGAGGAGAAGAGGGCAGUUCGAUACCUUGAGACUCGUCGUGAAUGUAACUCUGUCCAAGCUCUGAUGGAAUGUUGUGUGAACGCUCUGGUAACGUCGUUUAAAGAAACCAUCCUGGCCGAAUGUCCCGGCAUGAUCAAACGCAACGAGACAGACAAGCUCCACCUGAUGUUUUCCUUGAUGGAUAAGGUUCCUAGUGGGAUAGAGCCCAUGCUGAAAGAUCUGGAGGAUCACAUCAUGAACGCUGGGCUGGCUGAUAUGGUGGCUGCUGCAGAGACUAUCACUUCUGACUCUGAGAAGUACGUGGAGCAGCUGCUGACGUUGUUUAACCGUUUCAGUAAACUGGUGAAGGAGGCUUUUCAGGAUGACCCUCGAUUCCUCACCGCCAGAGACAAGGCCUACAAAGCUGUGGUGAACGAUGCCACCAUCUUUAAACUGGAGCUGCCUCUCAAACAGAAAGGGGUAGGUCUGAAGACCCAGCCAGAGUCGAAGUGUCCAGAGCUGCUAGCUAACUACUGUGACAUGCUGCUGAGGAAAACAACCCUGAGCAAGAAACUCACGUCAGAGGAGAUAGAACUCAAACUCAAAGAAGUGUUGCUGGUAUUGAAGUAUGUUCAGAAUAAGGAUGUGUUUAUGAGGUACCAUAAAGCCCACCUGACCAGAAGACUGAUCCUGGACAUCUCAGCCGACAGCGAAAUAGAAGAGAACAUGGUGGAGUGGCUCAGGGAGGUGGGGAUGCCUGCAGACUAUGUGAAUAAGCUGGCCAGGAUGUUCCAGGACAUUAAAGUAUCGGAUGAUCUCAACCAGGUCUUCAAGGAGAUGCACAAACACAACAAGCUGGCUUUACCAGCUGACAGUGUGAAUAUAAAGAUCCUGAAUGCGGGGGCGUGGUCGAGGAGCAGUGAGAAGGUGUUUGUCUCUCUGCCUACUGAGCUGGAGGAUCUGAUCCCAGAGGUAGAAGACUUCUACAAGAGGAACCACAGCGGGAGGAAACUACACUGGCACCAUCUCAUGUCCAAUGGCAUCAUCACCUUCAAGAACGAAAUGGGUCAUUAUGACCUGGAGGUCACGACCUUUCAGCUGGCUGUCCUAUUUGCCUGGAACCAGCGGCCGCGGGAGCGAAUCAGCUUCGAGAACCUUAAAUUGGCCACCGAGCUGCCCGAUGCUGAGCUACGACGCACACUCUGGUCUCUGGUAGCGUUCCCUAAACUGAAGAGACAGGUGUUGUCCUAUGAGCCUUCAGUCUCCUCCCCUAAAGACUUCACAGACAGCACCCUGUUCUAUGUCAACCAGGACUUCUCUCUCAUUAAAAACUCCAAGGUCCAAAAAAGGGGCAAGAUUAAUCUGAUUGGUCGACUGCAGCUGACCACGGAGCGAAUGAGAGAGGAGGAGAAUGAGGGCAUCGUCCAGCUGAGAAUAUUAAGAACCCAGGAGGCCAUCAUCCAGAUUAUGAAGAUGAGGAAGAGGAUCAGUAACGCCCAGCUACAGACAGAACUGGUAGAGAUCCUUAAGAACAUGUUCCUGCCCCAGAAGAAGAUGAUCAAGGAACAGAUCGAGUGGCUCAUCGAACACAAAUACAUCAAACGGGACGAGACAGACAUCAACACCUUUAUCUACAUGGCAUAGAACCCCUUUACCUGGACUGGAACCCCCUACCUACCGCUUGACCUGGCUGGACCCUCGCUGCUGCAGGAGGAAGAAGAAAUGCAGUAAGAGGAGGGAGGAGUGGUUGUUUCAGAAGAAGAGGAAGGAGAAUAUCUCUGCGGCCGGGGGGGGUUGGUUGGCUGUAUGAGAUAGAUGGUGUAGUCUUCAGACUGUGGUGCCCCUCGGGGUCCAGGAGGACAGUGGGGCUGACUGACAGUUUCAGUAUCACAGUAGAGACAUUAUUAAAUAAAUAAACUCCCUGCCUUACCCUCCUUACGCAGUCCGCACAGAGACAGACAAAAGGACUAACGGACUAGUGGUCUAUAUCAUUAUGGAGUAGACACAGAGAGGAGUGUAUUUUGCCAAAUGUACUGUGUGUGUCUAUGUAUAUGUGUGUCUGCACCUUGACAGCUUGUUGCUCUGUGGAAGUCUUGCAAUCAUCUGAGGACCCGUCGCGCGCGUGUGUGCGUGUCUCACUUUUCUCCACCCCCCCAACUGCCACACCCCUCAGAGAGGAUCAUGACUCCUCACAUAUCAGCCAGUCGCUGGGUGAGAACAAACGAGAACAUCAGCACUUUUCUGUGUUUCAGUGUGUCUGAAUGGCUUUAUAUAUCAAUUUCAUUCUACUUUUCAAUGCUCAUCAUUAUUUUUAUGAACACUUGUGUGUUGUGUCUAUCGAUUGUUAAAUGCUGCACAGCGUCAUCCAAUCGAUCGAAGUCACAAAGCUCUCUAGCGAUCUUUGAUUCUUCUCUCUCCCCCACCUAUAGCCAGUGCAGGACAGGACAUGACAGGUGUGUUAUUGUCAGACCAUGAGGGGGUGUCAUGACCCAGGUUUCUUCCCAAAUGCCACCCUAUUCCCUAGGUACUGCAUUAUUUUUGACCAGAGCUCUAUGGGGUCAAAAAGUAGUUUGUGUUCCCUAUAUAGGAAAAAUAUAUAUAUAUUCCCUACUAAGGGAAAAAUAUUUGAUAUCCUAUAUAUGGAAUAGGGUGCCCCAGUAAAAUACCUCCAGUGCAAUAGCUAGACAGCCCCUCCUACUAGAGCACUUCCUGUGAUGAGGUCAUGUUGCUAAAGCAACGGCACUGCAGUGUUGCUAUUAAUGCACCCUACCCACAACCUUUUACAGAAGACUGUGUGUUGCAGUAUGAUAUGAGUGGGGAGGGGUGAUGAUAGAAAAAAAGAAAUGUGUUGCGGUCGUGUGGUGCUGACUUGUUUAUUUAUUUCAUUUUUAUCAGUAUGUGGUUGGUUUGUAUGCGAGUGUUUGAUAAAUAGGUCCGGUCUGUAGUGGGCUACUAGGUGUACAUAGCCACUUAUUGAUUUGUAGUAAUGUUACAUGAUUAAAUGUAUGAGACGACUUAACACUAUCAAUCAAUCAAUCAAUUUUAUUUUAUAUAGCCCUUCGUACAUCAGAUAAUAUCUCGAAGUGCUGUACAGAAACCCAGCCUAAAACCCCAAACAGCUAGAAUGCAGGUGUAGAAGCACGGUGGCUAGGAAAAACUCCCUAGAAAGGCCAAAACCUAGGAAGAAACCUAGAGAGGAACCAGGCUAUGAGGGGUGGCCAGAGCUUUUACAUCCCGCUUUUACUCUUUUUAGUUUGAGUUUUACUUUUGGCAUUGGGAUAAUGUUGUAGUGUGGGAUAUUACAAUGCGUCCCAAAUGGCAUCCUAUUCCCUACAUAGUGCACAACUUUUGACCAGAGCCCUAUAGGUCCUGGUCAAAAGUGGUGCACCAUAUAGGGAAUAGGGUGCCAUUUGGGACGCACACUAGGUGUCAAUGUCCUCUUUUCUCUCACUCUGAUUUUAAUGCAACCACAUUGGAAUCAAUUUAGACACCUCAAGACAAAGUGAUUGUCAGAUGAUGGAAACAUUACUUGGGAUUUAGCAGUUAUGAAUUGUUUGAUCAUGUCAUGGCUGUAUUUCAUCCUACCAUGUUUAAUUCAUACACACUACAUACCGUAUAGUCCACCAUUCUACAGUGGAGGACACCUAUGAGAAACACACGUACACACAAUGACUGUUGACAAAACAGUUAAUAGUUUACUCUACCGGGUAAUGUCAUGUGUGGUUAACUCUACUACCUGUCAACUGGCAAUACGAGGGCUCUCCUCCACGUGAACUAGUUACAUUUCUCAACCGACUGACUAGUUCAACUUUAGAACAGUUACUCUGAAGGAUAUCUAUCUUUGUGAAUAAAAGGUGUGUUUAUCAUUAUUGACAGUAUAUGCUGUGAUAUCGUCCACUGAAUGACAUUGUGUCCAGCAGGCCCAGGUUUUAGUAACAUUGUUCUUUUCAUGUCUUCCUUCCCUGGUAUCUGACAUUAAUGGUUACGCAUCAAAACAACCUGGAGAAGAAGCCUUUGUCCCAAAUGACACCCUAUUUCAUAUUUAGUGCACUACUUCUGAACAAGGCCCAUAGGGCUCUGGUCAAAAGUAGUGCACUAUAUAAGGUGUAAUUUGGGACGUAUGCAAAGUGUUAUUACAUUUUAGUAAUUUAGCAGACACUCAAUUAGCGCAUUCUUAAGAUAUGUUAUCAGAGUAAUGUACUUAAUGUAACUGUCUGAUACACUUAGCUAUUCUCUAGAUUUUUGCCAUGUUCAACAAUGUUUUAAGAUGACACAACUUAGGUCACUUUAUGAGUAACAACAAAUAAACAGUAUUAAACUAUGACAAACUCAAUUUUUGUUGUAACAAUUCAUGUUUUUCUCUGCACAGAAAUUUCAUAUAGAGCAACUCUUACUGUGUUAUGAGACUGACAUCUUGCUUCAGUUUGUGUUUAAGUGUGUUUGUGAUGAUGGUAAACAGAUGGGUAAUCAUAAGACACGUAUCUCUUCCUCUCCUUCCCUACUUGCAUAUCUGGAGCCCCGAGGGGAAACUUGAAAAACUAAGUUUUAUCGAUCAUAACAUUACCAGAUGAAUGGGUGUCCCUACUUUGAGUAAAGAUAUAAUGCUGUACAUUGUUUGAAUGGGAGUAUUCUGGCUGUUGGGCUCAACUACUUAGAUGUGUUGCAUUAUUAUUAUAUUUUUGUUAGACUUUUUGCUUUUUUUUAUUAUUAUUUAUUUCCUGGCAAAUAAAAACUGUACUGUAAAGAGAGUCAGUCAUCUCCA